ACCCGCUCAAGAUGGCAGAUGUGUGUUGAGUUUGGAAGGAGGGGGGGUGGGAGGGGGGGGCAAGGAAGAGAGACACGGGACCGCGAUCUCGCGUCGUUCGUGGCGGCGUUGCCAUGAAUAACAGGCGUCCUUGCACCGAUGGCCCCCAUGUACGAAGGUAUGGCCUCGCAUGUGCAAGUUUUCUCUCCUCACACCCUUCAGUCAAGUGCCUUCUGUAGCGUGAAGAAACUGAAAGUGGAGCCUAGUUCAAACUGGGAUAUGACUGGGUACGGCACACACAGUAAAGUCUACAGCCAGAGCAAGAACGUGCAGUCCUCCCAAGCAGCCGCCGCAGCAGCCGUCAACGCCUCCCUCCAGAUUCCCAAUCCAAGCAUCCCUUACGAACAGACCAUCAUCUUCCCAGCAAGCACAGGGCACAUCGUGGUAACGUCUACCAACAGCACUUCUGGUGUGGUUGCAGUGUCUGGGCAAACACUGGGCGGGCCACACAACCUGAUGCGUCGCAGCACUGUGAGCCUUCUGGACACCUACCAAAAAUGUGGACUUAAGCGCAAGAGUGAGGAGAUUGAGAACACAAGCAGCGUGCAGAUCAUUGAAGAGCAUCCACCAAUGAUUCAGAACAAUGCCAGUGGAGCCACUGUAGCCACCGCCACCACCUCCACGGCCACCUCUAAAAACAGUGGCUCCAACAGCGAAGGGGAUUACCAGUUGGUGCAACAUGAAGUGCUCUGUUCCAUGACCAACACAUACGAAGUGUUAGAGUUUCUUGGCCGUGGAACCUUCGGACAAGUCGUCAAAUGCUGGAAACGUGGCACUAAUGAGAUUGUAGCCAUCAAGAUCCUGAAGAACCAUCCUUCCUAUGCCCGGCAAGGCCAGAUUGAAGUGAGCAUUCUGGCCCGGCUGAGCACAGAAAGUGCGGAUGACUACAACUUUGUCCGCGCAUACGAGUGCUUCCAGCACAAAAAUCACACAUGUUUGGUCUUUGAAAUGUUGGAGCAGAACCUCUAUGAUUUCCUAAAACAAAACAAAUUCAGUCCCUUGCCCCUUAAGUACAUUCGACCAAUUCUCCAGCAGGUAGCAACUGCCCUAAUGAAGCUGAAAAGCCUGGGACUGAUUCAUGCUGAUCUCAAACCAGAGAACAUCAUGUUGGUAGACCCAUCCCGACAGCCAUAUAGGGUGAAGGUCAUAGACUUUGGUUCAGCCAGCCAUGUGUCUAAAGCUGUGUGUUCUACCUACCUUCAAUCCAGAUAUUACAGAGCCCCUGAAAUCAUCCUUGGUUUACCGUUUUGUGAGGCAAUCGAUAUGUGGUCAUUGGGAUGUGUCAUUGCAGAGCUGUUCUUGGGCUGGCCAUUGUACCCGGGAGCUUCGGAAUAUGAUCAGAUUCGCUAUAUUUCACAGACGCAGGGCUUACCAGCGGAGUAUUUGUUAAGUGCAGGGACAAAGACUACAAGGUUUUUCAACAGGGAUACAGACUCACCAUAUCCUUUGUGGAGACUGAAGACGCCAGAAGAUCAUGAGGCAGAGACAGGGAUUAAGUCGAAGGAAGCAAGAAAGUAUAUUUUCAACUGUUUGGAUGAUAUGGCACAGGUAAGAACCUUGGUGAACAUGACAACAGACUUGGAAGGAAGUGAUAUGUUGGUGGAAAAGGCAGACCGGCGGGAGUUUAUAGAUCUGUUAAAGAAGAUGUUGACUAUAGAUGCAGAUAAGAGAAUAACACCCAUUGAAACUCUGAACCACCCUUUUGUCACCAUGACCCAUCUGCUGGAUUUUCCUCACAGCACACAUGUCAAGUCCUGCUUCCAGAACAUGGAGAUUUGCAAGCGACGGGUGAAUAUGUAUGACACAGUGAACCAGAGCAAGACACCAUUCAUCACCCAUGUAGCCCCGAGCACAUCAACCAACUUGACCAUGACUUUUAACAACCAGCUGAACACAGUCCACAACCAGACCACCAACCUGGCUCCCACCUCCUCCAGUGCCACUAUUUCCUUAGCCAACCCCGAGGUCUCCAUACUAAAUUACCAAUCUGCACUCUACCAGCCCUCAGCGGCGUCCAUGGCUGCGGUGGCCCAGCGGAGCAUGCCCCUGCAGACAGGAACAGCGCAGAUCUGUGCCCGACCUGACCCCUUCCAGCAAGCUCUCAUUGUCUGCCCACCAGGCUUCCAAGGGUUACAAGCCUCCCCUUCGAAGCAUGCUGGGUAUUCAGUUCGGAUGGAGAAUGCUGUUCCCAUUGUCACUCAGGCUCCUGGGGCCCAGCCUCUUCAGAUCCAACCAGGACUCCUCGCACAGCAAGCAUGGCCCAGUGGCACUCAGCAGAUCCUACUCCCUCCUGCCUGGCAGCAGCUGACUGGAGUGGCCACCCAUACUUCUGUCCAGCAUGCGACCGUCAUCCCGGAGUCCAUGGCAGGCACCCAACCACUAGCAGACUGGAGAAACACCCAUGCUCAUGGCAGCCAUUAUAACCCCAUCAUGCAGCAGCCCGCGCUGUUAGCGAGCCAUGUGACUCUCCCUGCAGCCCAGCCCGUCAAUGUGGGUGUUGCUCACGUCAUGCGCCAGCCGCCUGCUGCUGCCACCUCCACCAGGAAGAGUAAGCAGCACCAGUCGGCACCCCGAAAUGCAUCCACCUAUGAAAUUUCAUCUUCUCAAUCCAUCAGCUCACCUCAGCGUUCGAAACGAGUGAAAGAAAAUACGCCUCCCCGCUGUGCCAUGGUGCACAACAGCCCUGCCUGCAGCACCUCCAUCACGUGUGUCUGGGGUGAUGUGGCAACCAGCACCACGCGGGAGCGGCAGCGACAGACAAUAAUCAUUCCUGACACCCCUAGUCCCGCAGUGAGUGUCAUCACUAUCAGCAGCGACACAGAUGAAGAGGAGGAGCAGAAACAUGCACCCACCAGCACCUUGUCCAAGCAAAGGAAGAACGUCAUCAGCUGUGUCACUGUGCAUGACUCCCCCUACUCUGAUUCCUCCAGCAACAACAGCCCUUACGUGCAGCAUCGCGCAGGGCAGAACAACGGCAACACCUACGACACCAAAGGGGUUCCAGAGACUCACUGCAGUGGGAACCCCCGAACGAUCAUCGUGCCACCACUGAAAACCCAGGCCAGUGAGGUGUUGGUAGAGUGCGAUAGCCUGGCACCAGUCACCACCAGUCACCACUCAUCCUCCUACAAGUCCAAGUCCUCCAGCACCGUGACCUCCACCAGCGGUCACUCUUCAGGGAGCUCGUCUGGAGCCGUUGCCUAUAGGCAGCAGCGACCAGGAGCACAUUUCCAGCAGCAGCAGCCUCUUAAUCUAAGUCAGGCCCAGCAGCACAUCACGACUGAUCGCACAGGGAGUCACCGGAGACAGCAAGCAUACAUCACUCCAACGAUAGCUCAGGCCCCGUACUCUUUCCCACACAAUAGUCCCAGCCAUGGGACAGUUCAUCCUCACUUGGCUGCGGCUGCCGCUGCUCACCUGCCCACCCAACCCCACCUCUACACAUACACCGCCCCCGCCGCCCUGGGCUCCACGGGCACCGUCGCGCACUUGGUGGCCUCCCAAGGGUCUGCACGGCAUGCCGUGCAGCACACCACCUAUCCCGCCAGCAUCGUCCACCAGGUCCCUGUCAGCAUGGGCCCGCGGGUUCUGCCCUCACCCACCAUCCACCCGAGUCAGUACCAGGCUCAGUUUGCCCAUCAGACCUAUAUCAGUGCUUCUCCAGCCUCCACAGUCUACACUGGAUACCCACUGAGCCCCACCAAGGUCAACCAGUACCCUUACAUCUAAACACUGGAAUAUGGAGAAGGAGACGCACCCAUCCCGGGGGAGUGAGGCGGCUGCUUUUGUACUGAAGAACAUGACAAACUAACAAUGCAAUGGGAGGCUCGCGUGAAACUUGAACGAAGGAGACUUUCAGGAAGAACGAAAAGGAGGAAAGAAGGGGGAAA